AUGAGAAUGAAAGAUACAAAGGCGCGUCUAGUGGCUGAUGAAGUGAGUGGUCAUCAAUAUCAGUACCUGCACAAAGCCCAUCCCGGAGCGCAUAUGGAUGCUCCACGCGUUUUGAAAUAUUUUGGAAUUCAGGAAGUUCCGAAGACGCCGUACAAGAACAAAGAAGCUGCUGCUUCCUUCACUUCCUUCUUCUCGAGGGAUGUCGCAAAGGAAAAAAAAUUGCGAAAUUCGGGCGUGGAAAGCCCCGUGCUGUCGUCAGAAUUAUGGAAUUUAUCAAAUCUAUCCGAGACUGCCUGGUAUUUGGGUCCAUUUGCAAAGUCAUUCACACUUUCCACAAAUGUU